AUGAGGUCCCUGUUGAAGCUUUUCUUUGAAAAAUCGGGCGCGGCAUUAACUCGUCAUCUUUUUCCAGAUCAGGAUCGAGAAACGGCGUCGGGGGACGGCGACGAGAGAAGCGGACGCGCGGCCGCGGAAGGCGACCGAGCCCCCGGGGUCGCCCCGGCCGCCCGGUCGCGCCGCUCGACCCUGGAGUCCCAGUGCGGCCUGCGCUCCAUCCUGCUGCAGGUCCGAGACCUGGGGCUGGGCUACGACUCGGACGAGACCGUCCUGUUCAAGUACUGCAGCGGGAGGUGUCCCCACGCCCGCUCCAACCACGACCUCACCCUCACCAACCUGCUGCUCAGCGGGGUGCUCCCCCAGCCGGCGCCCGGGGAGCCGUGGCACAACACGCCCUGCUGCAGGCCCACCCACCACGAGGACAUGGCCUUCCUGGAUAACUCGCACCGCUGGCACAAGGUGGAGAAACUGUCGGCCGCCGGCUGCAGCUGCGUGAGCUGAGGACAGUGGACGGCAGUGGCGGUGGCG